UAAUACAACGAAUACAACUUCCAUAUUCUCUUUGACAACAUCAGCCCUUAUCAAGUCAACAUGGCGUUGAAUUUAAGUGUCAAGAUUCACCCUGUGGUGUUAUUUCAAAUAGUAGAUGCUUACGAGAGGCGAAAUGCAGAUUCACACAGAGUUAUUGGUACUUUGUUGGGUACCUGCGACAAGGGGGUCGUGGAAGUGACAAACUGCUUCUGUGUACCACACAAGGAACAUGCUGACCAAGUCGAGGCCGAACUCAACUACGCCAUGGACGUGUACGAGUUAAACAGGAGAGUGAAUGCAUCAGAGAAUAUUGUCGGGUGGUGGGCGACGGGCGCGGAGGUGACGAACCACUCGUCGGUGAUCCACGAGUACUACUCGCGCGAGUGCCGCGAGCCCGUGCACGUGACGCUGGACACGUCGCUGCAGGGCGCGCGCAUGGGACUGCGCGCCUACGUCUGCGUGGCGCUGGGCGUGCCGCGCGGCAAGCAGGGCUGCAUGUUCACGCCCAUCGAUGUCGGCCUCACGUGCUACGAGCCAGAGAUCGUAGGCCUGAACCUGUGCCAGAAGACGAUGGGCGCGGCCGGGCGGUCGCGGCAGGUGGCGCCGAUGCUGGACCUGGCGCAGGUGGCGGAGGCGGCGGCGUCGCUGUCGGGGCUGCUGGAGCAGGUGCUGGCGCACGUGGAGGACGUGCUGGCGGAGCGCGCCGCGCCCAACAACGCGGCCGGCCGCGAGCUGCUCGAGCUCGUCAACUCCGUGCCCAACCUCGCCGCCGAUACCUUCGCAGACGCCUUCGCCUCCAGCGUCAAAGAUCUACUCAUGGUGGUGACGCUGGCCCAGCUCAUCAAGACCCAGCUGCAGCUCAACGAGAAGCUCACGCUGCUCACCUCGCAGUGACCGACACGUACGCCGGCAUCGACACCCGCCCCAGUCACAUCUACACAUAACCAUUCAAUAAAUUUAUAAACUCUCACAA